GUUGUUUCGACGAAUUUUGCCACUGCCAUUCCGCGUUAGUUAAGGUUUACUGAAAGUGUUCUGAAAAUAGUUGUUUUUACAUUAAUAUUACUGUUUUUAUAGCAUAAGUAAAAUGGUUGCGCGAGUGGCGGGCGUUUUCGACGAGAACCUAACGGGCGAGAUUGCAAAUUCAAAGAUUUUGGUAGUGGGCGCCGGUGGUAUAGGAUGCGAGAUUUUGAAGAAUCUCGUGCUGACUGGCUUUCCUUACAUUGAAAUUAUUGAUCUUGACACCAUCGACGUAAGCAAUUUGAAUAGGCAGUUUCUGUUUCACAAAGAACACGUUGGUAAAUCAAAGGCGCAGGUCGCGAAAGACAGCGCUCUGAGCUUCAACCCUAAUGUGAACAUCAUCGCACACCACGACAGCGUCAUCAGCAAUGACUAUGGCGUCAGCUACUUCAAGCAGUUCAACAUUGUGAUGAAUGCUCUGGACAACCGCGUGGCCCGCAACCAUGUCAACCGCAUGUGUCUAGCUGCCAAUGUGCCACUGGUGGAGACCGGGACCGCUGGAUAUGCUGGACAGGUGGAACUCAUAAAAAAAGGUCUAACCCAGUGCUACGAGUGCCAGCCCAAAGCUCCUCAGAAGACCUUCCCGGGUUGCACAAUCCGCAACACUCCCUCGGAGCCCAUCCACUGCAUAGUGUGGGCCAAGCAUCUCUUCAACCAGCUGUUUGGAGAGGAGGACCCAGAUCAGGAUGUGAGCCCGGACACCGCAGACCCUGAAGCGGCAGGAGAUGCGGGCUCGUCAGCCCUCACAUCGGAAGGCACGACGGCUGGCAACGUGGAACGCAAAAGCACCAGAGCAUGGGCCGCUGAAACCAACUAUGAUCCAGAGAAACUGUUCUCCAAGCUCUUUGGGGAUGACAUCAGAUACCUGCUGUCUAUGGAGAAUCUUUGGAAGAAACGCAGGCCGCCCGUGCCACUCUCCUGGGACAACCUGCCCGGCAAGGACAACCCGCCAGCGCAGCACUCCGGCUUGCCCGACCAGCGCGUGUGGUCGUUGCACGAGUGUGCACAGGUAUUCGCAGCGAGCUGCAAAGCCCUACAAGCCGAGCUGGCCUCCCGGCCGGCCGGAGACCACCUGGUGUGGGACAAGGACGAGAAGAGCGCCAUGGACUUCGUGACCGCCUGCGCCAACGUCAGGGCUCACAUCUUCAACAUUCCCACCAAGAGCCGGUUUGAGAUCAAAUCAAUGGCCGGUAACAUAAUCCCGGCCAUAGCCACGGCCAACGCCAUCGUGGCCGGCCUGGCCGUGCUGCGAGCGCAGGCCGUGCUGGCCGGACACAUCGCCUCCUGCUGCAGCGUGUACCUGCGGCCCAAGGUCAACCAUCGCGGCCAACUGUUCGUGCCCGAGAAAACUCUAACUCCUCCCAAUCCAAAAUGCUACGUGUGCGCCCCCAAGCCCGAAGUAGCGCUCGCCUGCAACAUCAAGCAGCUCACCCUCAAGGACCUCAACACGGCCUUCAAGGAGGGCCUCAACAUGCAAGCUCCCGACGCCACCGUUGAGGGCAAGGGUUUAGUCGUACUUUCAUCAGAACCUGGCGAAACUGACCACAACAACGAUAAAACGCUUGAGGAAAUCGGUCUGAGCGACGGCUGUGCUUUACUCGUAGAUGAUUUCCUACAAAAUUAUGAGGUUAGAGUGAGAUUACAACAGGAAGAUGAAGAAAAAGCUUGGCGCGUUGUCACGCAAGCCGAUGAACCGAUGCCCGCGCCUAAGGAAAAAGAAAAAGAGAAAGCUAACGGAUCGAAUGGGUCUGAACCUAAGCCUGGCCCGUCGACUUCAAGAAAGGAUGACAGUGACAGUGACAUGGAGAUUAUUGAUGAGGAUGAUGACGGGGAACCAGCAGUGAAGCCGCCGAAACGCAGGCGCGUGGAGGUCAGCGAUGAGGUGGUGGAGCUGUGCUAGUGGAAUAAUGUAGUUGGAAACAACUUGGUACGAUUUAAAAAUGUAUGACGCUUGGUUUCUGAGAUCGCGGCGGGGUAGCUGCUUACAAAAGCAAAGGAUUUGGAAUUUCAAGUCACUAAAAUAAAGUCUCAUCUUGUGAAAGUUAUAAGUUUCGCAAAUUCCUACAUAGUUAGAUGUAUUACAGUAUAAAAGGAUAUUAUAAAUUUCUUGAUGGUGUAAUGUUUGUUGAAGAUUAAAUAUUUAAAAGAUUAGCAACAGAUUGUAACAGACUGUUAACGUCAAAAGUGUUCUUGAAAGCAAUACAUCUUUCGUAAUAUGUUCAACUUCAUGAUGUACAACCUUAGUGUUAAUUUUUAGUAUUCUCCUAUAUGAAGAUUCGUAUUUGUAAGUGUAAGAUGUAAGAACAAACAUAAUUUAAGAUCUGUAAGAUGUUUUUAAAAAUCUCUCAAAUAAAUUUGCAAAAUAUGA